CACAAAGAUGGGCACUUCAUGCUUUUAUGUUGAUUCGUUGGCGGCUUGACUUGAUUUCUCAGAAAUGUUGUUGAUUUCAGCUCUCAGUUCUCAUUCUCUCUCUCCUUUUUUGUUUUCAGAGUCUUCAGCUCGAUCGUUUUGUUCACUGCCCUUUGAAACUUUGCUUUCAGUAACACACGAUGGCUCGUCUGCGCCACCAAACUGCAGCUGCACCAGCGUCUGUGGUGAGGCGCGCCGUGUCUUCAUCGUCCUCAGAGUCUGAGAGCGAUGACCAGCAUCACGGUCGACCUGUCGCUGCUGCACGCCAAACUGCCACCGUGCGAGCACACGCAGCACGAAGCAGAGAAACGCACCAUGAACCAGCGCCAGUGGCAGUGGCAGUGGCAGCGGUGCCACAGCGUCGAGCUGCAGCAGCGGCGGCUGGAUUGAGCCCAAGAGCGAACAAGCGCCAACUCAAUGAUGAUGAUGAGGACGACGACGACGAUGAUGCAAGCGAAGGUGACGACGACAGUGAUGAUCAAGAUGAAGACGAGGACGAGGACGAGAGCGAGGACGAGAGCGAGGACGACGAGGAAGUUGCUCGACCUCCUGCGAAACGAGGACGAGGAAGGCCACCAAAGCGAACUACUCAUGAUACCGACAAGAAGAAGCAUGGAGGAGCAAGAUCUGCCAAGAAGAAUGCAAGAAAACCGGGGCGAUCCGCUGCGAAAGCGAAACCAAGCAAGCUUCGAGCUGCAACCAGCCAGAACCGGAGGGCGAAUUCGACGCGAGGUGCACGACGUAGGCACGGCAGCGACGAAGAGGAAGAAGAUGAAGACGACGACGACGAGGACGAUAGUGACGAGGACGAGGACAGCGAAGAGGACGAGGACGAUGAAGAAGAGUCGGAAGCCGAAUCCGACGACAGUUUGCCACGACAAAGACGCGGACGUGCACCUGCUCAACAGAGUAACAGCCGACAGCAAUGGGUGCGAAGAUCGUCGCGACAGCGGGCCGAGACAAACUACCAUGAAGAUGACCUGUCAGCGCACGAGGAUAGCGACAACUCAGCUGCAGUUCAACCCAAGCAACCCAAGACUUUGACGGAGCUCCCAGCAGCUACAACAACGGGGGCCAAGCGACCUGCAGCAGCACAAGAACUUAUCUCAUCCUCAAAAGAUCGCACCAAACGACGUCGUGUGGAACUUAGCGACAGCGAAGUCGGCAGCGAUGCCAACGCUGAUUCAAAUAUUCCCAGCGACAUACUCGUGAAUGAAGAGGAGCAGAAAGUCAGUGAAAAGACCGAGACGACAGGCCGCAAGGUGCCUCGGAAGGGACGACCUCCCAAGAACAUGCCUCCUCGUCGUGUGGCUGCUGCUGCGCUCCCGCUGCCAGCCGCUCCGCCUCCACCAAGCUUCAAAACCCAAUCUUUCUCUGAUAUUUACCCGCCAAACCGCAACAAUCAGCGAACCUGGAAGAGUCUGAAACAAGUCAUCGCAGCAGAGCGAAGCCUUCCCUGGGGCCACGAUGUGCCCACAUAUUCCAGCAUUGAAGCUCCGCCAUCGAUGCUUCCCGCGAAAAAGUACGCCGACGUGUCAAGCUUGCCUGCUCCCUACAUGGACCCGCGGACAAAGCUGCGUUAUGCCACCAUCCCCGAGUUUGAGUAUGCGCGAUCGCUUCCAUCGCAUAUCGCACACGGCUAUCUAGAACUACGGGGUGUACGCAUGACUCUGGCCUGAGAUUGUGUUGGCACAUGUUUGAUAUUUUGUUCUCACAGCAAAAGCCUUUUGCAAUCCUGGCUGCUGGCUGUAUUUAUUAUUGUUCCUCUUGUGCUUCAUCAAGAAGUUUUCGC